AUGGGAAACAGUGGUACGGGUAUCGCCCGCCGCCGUGGCCAAUCAGCAGACCCCGCUAGUACCAACACCAUUAUUUGGGCCUUGGAGUUCCAGGGGAACUGCCAGGUACCGUCCGCCGCUGAUUGGCCGCUCGCCCAUCCAAGCCAAAGGAGGACUGCAUCGACAGUCAGCAGCACCAUGGACUUGAGGGAAAUCCACGAUUGGAUUUUCAUGCAUGAAAUCCCACCGCCAUACCAGGUCCAUGCCCGAUUCAACUGGCUGGCCCUUUGUCACUCGGUUUUAUCAGCUGAGUUUAUUAUCGAUACCCUAGCAGUCCCCACUGGUUGGGCCUGGAGGCAAAUUGCUCCCGCGGAUCCCCAGCAGACUUUCACGAUCUGUCUCAAGGUUUCAGGCCAAUCUUGGGAACGCCAAAACGUCCAUCAAUGCUUCUCACAAACCUUAAAAGUCUAG